AGGAACCUGGUUACUAUGGCUCUCAUCACCAUAGCAACGUCAGCAUCCUCUCUCCAGGUACUGAAGGACCUUCCACGCGUGGAGGGACGCCCGGGGGCUUCGCUGCCCCCCCUGGAUUUCGAAGCACUGAGCCAGGAGCUGGGGGCACGCGAUGGGACCCCCCCCAGCUCAGAGGAUCUGCUCUCAGCAGCUCUGUACCCCAAAGUUUACGCCGAAUUCCGUGACUUCACCUCCAAUUUUGGCCCUGUCUCCUGCCUGGGCACCCGCCUCUUCCUGGAGGGUCCCACCAUCGCCGAGGAGUUUGAGGUGGAGCUGGAGAGGGGGAAGACGCUGCACAUCAAAGCGUUGGCGCUGGGGGACCUGAACGCCGCGGGGCAGCGCGAGGUUUUCUUCGAGCUCAACGGGCAGCUGCGCUCCAUCCUCGUCAGAGACACUCAGGCCUUGAAGGUGGGGAGGGGUCUGGGAGGGGUCUGGGG